CUCCACGUUUAUGAACUUCAUCUGUUGACCGGCGUGAGGGAUUUGGAACGCUUUUAACUUGGAACACCAGAAAUUACUGAAUGAUGAAGCUUAAGAGUAUUUUCCUGUUAUUUUUAUCACUUGGACUUCUCCAUGUCAGCAUCUGUGAUACCGAAGAGGAAGACACUGAUGAUGACACAACUGUUGAAGUAGAAGAGGAACCUGUUGUUGUAGAAAAAGUUAAUUAUGUUCCUCCAGUGGUAAAAGGAAAUACAUUCUUUACAGAAACAUUUGAUAAACCAGCAGAUUUUGAGAAAAGAUGGACCAAGUCACAGACUAAGAAAGAUGGUGCUGAAGAAACUAUAGCCAAAUAUGAUGGAAAAUGGUCAGUAGAGGAACCUAAAGAAAGUGCUCUGAGAGGUGAUCAUGGCUUAGUGUUAAAGUCUAAAGCUAAACACCAUGCCAUCUCAUCAAAGCUUAACAAACCAUUUAGAUUUGAAGGAAAACCAUUUGUAGUCCAAUAUGAAGUAAAGUUUCAGAAUGGAUUAGAAUGUGGUGGAGCUUAUGUUAAACUGCUGUCCAUGGAUAAACAGUUAGAGUUGAAACAAUUCCAAGAUAAGACACCUUACACUAUAAUGUUUGGUCCAGAUAAAUGUGGUAUGGAUCAUAAGUUACAUUUUAUAUUCAGACACAAAAAUCCAAAAACAGGAGAGUUUGAGGAGAAGCAUGCUAAGAAGCCUACAGCCAACAUUGACAGCUACUUUACAGAUAAGAAGACGCAUUUAUACAAACUAGUUGUAAAUCCUGACAACAGUUUUGAGAUAUUUGUGGACAAUACCUUAGUCAAUGAAGGAAGCUUAUUAGAAGAUAUGAGUCCACCUGUUAAUCCACCAAAGGAAAUAGAUGAUCCUAAUGACAAGAAAUCUGAUGACUGGGAUGAGAGAGAAAAGAUUCCUGAUCCAGAUGCAGUUAAACCAGAAGAUUGGGAUGAGAGUGAACCAGAGUACAUUAUUGAUGAGUCAGCUACUAAACCUGAUGGAUGGUUAGAGGAUGAACCAGAACUUAUUCCUGACCCUGAUGCUGAAAAACCAGAGGAUUGGGAUGAAGAUAUGGAUGGUGAAUGGGAGCCUCCUCAAAUAGAUAAUACAAAAUGUAAAGAUGCUGUUGGUUGUGGCAAAUGGGAGAGACCACAGGUGAAAAAUCCCAAAUAUAAAGGAAAAUGGAGGCCAGAAAUGAUUGACAACCCUGAUUAUAAGGGAAUAUGGGCUCCAAGAAAGAUCACAAAUCCUGACUUCUUUGAAGAUUUAGAACCAUAUAAAAUGACCCCUAUUCAUGCUUUAGGAUUAGAGUUAUGGUCGAUGACAGAUGAGAUUGUGUUUGAUAAUUUCUUGAUCACAGAUGACAAAGCUGUCUCCAGUUCUUACACAGCACAAACCUGGGAGAUAAAAUCUGCACAAGAGAAAGUUGUCUCUGGAGGGAAGGGGCUUUGGGCAUCUAUAAGAGGAGCAGCAGACGAGAGACCAUGGCUGUGGGCUGUUUAUGUUGUUGUUCUCUUACUUCCAGUUUUACUACUCUCCAUCUGUCUCUGUCCAAGAAGUGGACCAAUCAAGCCAGAGGUGUUAGAAGCACAAAGAAAGAAAACUGAUGAGCCUUCACCAGAUGAUAAAGAGGCUGAAAAUAAAGAAGAGGAAGUAGGACCCAAGGGAGAUAAUCAAGAAACAGUUAAGAAAACUAAAAAGUCUGAUUUAGAUGUAAAAGAGGAAAGCAGUCAAGAUGAAGAGGGAGAUGAUGAAGGAGAGGAGGAAGAAAAAACGGAGGAUAAAUCAGCGGAUUCUACCAGACGUACAUCACCAAGAAAACGAAAACCUAGGAAAGAAUGAUGAAGUUCAAGAUUAGUUUAUGAAAAAAUUAUCAUUUGCAUGAAGAUCAAGUUUAGUUUGAUAUGAAAGGAUAUCAAGAGGAAAUCAUCCAACUAUUUACGAUGUUAAAAACAUCAAGAUUAUCACAUCUGUCAUUUGUAAUAUAAAAAUUUACAUUCAUUUUAUCAUGUUUAUAUUAAAAUCGAUGGUUGAUGAUAGUGAAAUUUGUUGUGUUGCAUUUUCUUUGUGGGGAUUAUUUUUUAAAUCACUGUAAUUGCAACAUCAGUGAGAAUUUUUUAUUCCUGGUGUCUUAGAAUGCAAAAUAUAUUAGCUGGACACUUUGAUAUAAAUUGUUGCUUUCUACAAAUCAGUUUUUAAUAGAGUAGAUGCCAAAAUAUGAUGAGGGAUUUAUAUUGUUCAAUUAUUGGAAUCAAAUCAAUGCUUUUGUUUUUAAACUUGCAAAUAAGAUGCGUAGAGAAAAAUCUGGCAUUUUUGAAAAAAAAAUUAUUUGGAUUAAAGUAACGCUAGUUGUUCUAAGAACGAAAAAUUAAAUUAUGAGUGGUCUAUGAUACAUCUAUUACAGUGAACAUAAGUAUAAAGUGAUCAUUAUCGCUUCAUUCAUUCCACUAAUUCUUCAUUUAUUCGUCGCAUUUACUUCAAUACCAGUUGCUUGGAUUAAAGUAGGCCCUAAGAAAAUUUAAGUACAUUAAGAAAGGGAAAACACUCUUCCAUUACCAAAACUAUUUUAGGGAUUUACCAUAGUCAAAAAUUGUCCUUGUCGUAUCUGUAUAAAUAAUAUGUGAGUUAAGCUUUAAAGACUGUUCGAAAUUUAUUGGGUUGGGGGAUGGAAGGCACUCAAAUUAAUUUAAUAUGGUUGGUUGCAUUUUUCUCAGAAUUUUGUAAGAGUUAUAAGUAAAAUAAAUUGAAAAAAAUAUUAUGGGUGGUCAGUGUAUUUCUUGAACAACCCUAAGAGGUUGUCUGGUUUUUAUUGAGAAAGUAUAUGAGAGCAAGUUGAGGAACAAAUUGGUUAAAUGUAAUUAAUACAGGAGCAUAAUAGCUUUUAUGUAUGUUUGUUUCAGCUUUAGUCUUUUAAUGUAAUUGCAACUAAGGAUAAUGCAUAAAUAAUUUGUAGAUUAAUUCUUGGUCCUAAAUUUCUGUUAAGUUAUAAUUUUGUUGGCAAAAACAGUAAAUAGUCAAUAUUUUUUCAUUGGAAUUUAAUUUAUUUGUACUGAAUGAGAUUCCUUGUAAUAGGUGGUUUUAUCUGGGUGAUUCCUGUGAAACAGAAUUUGAAUAAUCAAUGUUAUAAUACUGAGGAUUCAUUAUAAUUCGUUAGAUACCAAUUUUCGUGUAUUUCGUGGGUACAGGUGAACCACAAAUUCAAAUGUUCAACGAAUUACAAAUUUUCCAUAGACUUGUAUGCAGACUUAAGCAAAACCACAAAAUAAAAUAUCCACGAAAAUGUAAGUUUCCUCAAUCCACGAAAAUUGGUACCCACGAAAAUAAAUGAAUCCACAGUAGAAGCUUAGAAUAUAUGUAUGAAUAUAUUUGACACAAGUGUACAAGUGAUUUAUUGAGUUAUGUCCCUUAAUUAUUUAAUAACAAAUGAUGAUUUAUUGAAUGUAGGUUUUAUGUUAUGAUGUCUGAAUGAUUGGUUUUGUUUACCUGAUUUUGAAUUGGCUUAAAUUAACAAAGUUCACAUUCUGAGACUAUUUAACAUCUUGUUUUGUACCUAUUAACCUAUUGAUGUCGGAAAAGCAAUUGCUUUCGAUCCUGUUUUCUAUACAAAUUUAAUGGUAAAAUAUAAUUUUUUUGUAACUGUUGACCAGCUUGAGAUUGAUCCUAAGAGUGAUAAGUAUAGUGCCAUUAAGGGCUAUUCUACUUAACAUUCAUGGUACCACAGAUGGCCCCUUAAAAAGUUGCAUCUACCAUAAGAAGCCAUUUUUACUCAAGCUCAAAAUCAUAAUUUCAAAUAGGAUAAUUUUAUGUGAAGUAUUACAUGGUUUUGGUGGAGUACCCUUCCAUUGUGAGCUUAACAACUUAUAUAUUUAAAACUUGUGAUUUUUGUUGCUAUGAAGACGUAAAUGAAAUCCAGAUGUUUUAAUUCUUACAAUCAUAACCAGUUUGCAUGUUUAUUAUUAUUCAGAUAAUCAAUGUUACAGUUUUUAUGCUUUAUUUCAACUACAAGGGCACAAUCUAAUCAAAGGUUGCUUUACAGGCUAAUUUAAUUCAAAAUUUGUCAAGGUGAAGAUGGAUUUCUGCCUUUUUCAAUAUGAUAUUUUCAUAAUAUUUUCAGAUGGGAACACCAAAACAUUGCUAUUGGUUAGAAAUGCCCUAACCAAAGAAAAUUUACCAAUGAGGGAUACUAUUUUUACUUUGGUGAAUGAACAAUGAAAUUACACAUGAUUCUAUAGAUUGAGAAUUGAUGAAUCUCUCUCUAUCCCUAGCACUAAAAAAGUCACAUGCUAGCCCAAAUGAGGUAGAGAAACAGAUCAAUACACUUAAUUUUAUUAUCAGUGCCAUUAACAUUCCAAAAAUAAUGUUUAAAGAUAUCAUAUCAAAUGAUUUUCUUUAAUCUGUUUUGCACAUAGCUUGAUGUAUCGGCUCUCCUCAGUUUCUAUAUGCUAAAGAACAUUUCAGAACUUCUUUUGAUUGAGGCAAUUAUUGCCAUUGAAGAAGUUGUCAAGGGAAGAUGAUAUUGAAGAAUCAAAGCAGAAAGCAUUAUUGUAUUUAGUAACUAAUUUAAUUGAAACUGAUCAAAAUCUAUUUAAACAAUUUUUAGGUGUUGAAAUCAAUAUAGUUCAUGUGGCAGCUCCUUUCAGGUGACGACAAUUUGUUCUAAAUUUCUUUUUGAGCACACACACUUGCCAAUUUUAUAAAUAGCUUAGAUUAGGUUUUAUUAAAUUGAUUACUAGCAAGAUAAUAUGUCAAUGAAUGUAUGCUUGAUUCAGUCUAUGGAAAUUUCGAUUUUAUUUAAGAAUGUAUAUUGUCUGUUAGAUGGCCAUUUCUGUAUUUAAUUACAUUUAUCAGAAAUAAAAAAAAACUGAAUAGUUUGUUUCUCAGGAAGCGUAAAAUUUGCAUCAAAACAGUUUGCUGAUUAAUUUCUUUUUUUUUUUAAAUUCUGGAAAUGUGUCAUUGUUGAUUGAGUCUGUAGUUCAAAAAAGGACAUUUUUUAAAACAUUUGACUGGCCCCCGUACAUCAGAUUUAAUAUGUUUCUGGCUGUGUUUGUAUGCCGUAUUGGCCUGGGGAGAGAUGAUUAAAUAUUUGCCCUGUUCACCGUUUGUGUUUAACAGCCUUGUACAGGGAAAUGUAAAUUCAAGGUCAAUUUUGGGAAAAACUGCCUUCCACAAACAUACCAAAAAUCAGACACAAAAAGAUUUUUCAAAAUAUUGUCAAAGCAUCUUUUAGAAAAUAUAAAAGUUUAAGAUUUUGCAAAGUUUAAAUUGUUUAAUAGGAAGCUUAAGAUUUAUUUUAUGAACUUACAUUAUUUUAUGUCUUAUUUGUUUCUACAUGUAUGUAUUGAUUUGGUUUGUACAUUUAUUAGAUUAUAUGCCACAAAUGUGUGUUAAAGUGUUAAUUUGUUUGUUUGAUACAUGUGCGUAUAUAAGGUCAACAUUUUUAUGUUGGGAUAGUCUUAUUUAGAUAUUGAUAGUGACUUAUGGUUUAUUGGGUAAUUUUAUAUAUUGAAUUCGCUUUGUUUUUUCAACCACAAAUUACAAAGUUUUGAAACAAUUAUCCAUGGAAACUAUCAUAGUUUGUGUUCCACCAUUUUUUUUUGAAACAGUACAUUUAUACUGCUUGUAUGUAAAUUCCUUUAGAAGUGAAUUGUUAAAAAUGAAAGGAAAAAAAAGUGAAAGAUGAUGUUUGAGUUGAAAAUAAAAUCUGUGUAUAUUUUAUAGACCUGCAGCUUUUUGUGAAAAGAGUUGAUGGAACUUUUAUAAAUUAACAAACAUGAAUCAAAUAGAUAUGAAUUGUAAUAAAAAUAACUUUGUAUUUUUUAGAGACCAGAGACGAGAAGUGAUAAGAAUUGGUUAAAAGUCCAUAAAUUAUUUUCAGAACACUGAACAAAUCUUUAAAAAAUGGAAGUUCAGAGAAAUGAAUUUGAAUAUCACAAUCUCUUUACUAUCAGAUAUUUUGUUACUUACACAAAUAUCCUCAGGCCAAAAUCCAAAUACAUAGUGAAUAAAAACCAAAAAAGCCAAAAGUGUGCAAGCUUAGCUUUGUCUCAGAAAGUUUAAACCAUACUUACCAUAAUUCUAGAAUAUUGAAAUUGAAAGUUGGUAGUUUUUAGUUCACCAAUGUUAUGUAGAUCCAGUGAGUUCUGUAAAUUUGAGAUUUCUUACCUGAUGUUUAGUUUAAAGAUUAUCUAUAGUUCUGAAAACGAGAGUGAGUUUCUCGGCUACAAUCUCAUUGAAGAAAGAGGAGAUGUAGCCAAGAAACUUCCUGGAGUUGAAAGACCAUAUAUCUGUUUAUUGUUAUUUUCCUAGGCAGCGUCAACACUCUAUUCCACUGAGAAAAACACAUGCUAGACAAUUAUCUUUAGAUGGAAAAUUAUAUCACAAAGAUCAAAAGAAAAUUGAAGAAAGUAAAAGCAAUUAAAAACAAUUUAAUUUCAGCAGCUUACAAUUUUUAAAAAGAAACCAUAAAAAUAUAUAGUCUAAAAAGAUCAAGCAUGUGAAGGUUUUAAGCUGUAACACUUUAGACCAUAGUAUUGGUAGAAACGAUGCAUAUAUUUUUUUGUAUUAUUUAUUUUAAAUAGAGGAAACAAAACCAGAACUUAUAUAUGCAAUGUGAGUGUUGUUGAGAAAAUGUUAUUUGUGGAAUGAUAACUAGACUUGUAUUUGUACAUUGUUACUUUAAUGAAUAAUAAACAGCUAAUAUCUAUACAAA